AUGGCUUGUCGCGCAGCGGCGUCAGAUGCCGCAAAAACUGCAUCCCCACAGGGUGACUGUGGUGGCGCCGAUGGAGGCCACGUCGCCUCGGGGUUUAUCAAAGAGGGCUUGGUACGCAUUAUAAGCAGCGGCAACAAUGACGUCUUCUACAACCCUGUGCAGGUGUUCAACCGCGACCUGUCGAUCAUGGUCAUCAAGGCCUUUGCUCUCCAGCAGUGCCAGGAAAUUCAACGCAGAGGAGAGAAGACGGCAGCUCGUACGCAGAAGGAGGGUAAGGAGGCUCCCGCGCCUCUUAGGUUCGAAGGACUAAACGUGCUGGAACCUCUCGCGGCCACUGGACUGCGGUCGCUGAGAUACUUGAAGGAGCUGGACGAUGUCGUGAAGCAUGUGGUGGCCAAUGACCUGGAUCCCAAUGCUCUUGAAGCAAUGAAACGCAACGCCGACCUCAACAAGGUCACACGCGGAAAACUCUAUUUGACAUGCAGCGAGGGGGCUCAGCUGAUGUACGUGCUGGCAAGGCCUGGAAACCUACCGCUCGGGACUCUGAAAAAGAUCCACUCUCUUCCUGCGGGAAGCUCAGUCCCAUCAACUUUCGACAUGAAGCCACCGCCGUGCGGGUUCUCCCUCCCCCCGCUCUCGCUCUUCCUCACCGCUCCGCAGGGGGCCGGAAACCAUCCCACGGACAGCCCGUGCGCAGCUGCUCCGUCAAGCAGCAGUUGCUGCGAAAGCGCCGUCUCCGCUGCGCGGCAGAAAGACAUGGACUUACCCAGCGGCCACCCGUGCGAAGGCGCGAAGCACGCGCCGAGGAGUUCCCCUCCGUCAGAAAGUGCGGAAGGCAAUGGCGAUACACGGCCCUCAGAUUUGCCUCUCUUUUUUGACGUCGUCGAUGUUGACCCGUACGGCAGCGUCGCGCCGUUCUUGGAUGCCGCAAUCCAGGCUGUGCGGCCCGGUGGUCUGCUCUGUCUGACCUCGACGGAUAUGCCGGUUCUCUGUGGAAAUUCACCCGAGGUCACCUUUUAUAAGUACGGCGGAGCGGCGUUGAAGGCAAGGUACAUGCACGAAAUGGCUCUCAGGCUCGUUUUGUACGCCGCCUGCUCGUGCGCCGCCAAGUACAAGAAGAUCAUAGUCCCGCUUCUCUCUUGCAGCGUGGACUUUUAUGUCCGUAUCUUCGUCCAGGUCUUCGACUCUGCGGAAGGAUGCAAGGACGUUCACAGCCACUCGGCCACAGUUCACCAGUGCGUAAACUGCGACUGCUUUCGAAUUCUCCCCUUGGGAUCCGAAGUGCCUGGAGGUCAGAAAGAAAGCGGCGAGUCUCUUGAAUCAAACAAAAUCAAGACUGGGGAUGGUUGCGGGCGUGCCUCGACAGGAAGCUCGAGGAAACGGAAAGCAGCUCUCGUGCCCGAGGAGGUGAAAGGUCGAUGCGACGAAUGCCACGGCCGGAUGGUUAUUGGCGGACCGUUUUACACAGGACCUCUUUACCAGAGUGCUUUCGUUCAAGCUUGUCUAGACUUAUGCGAGACUGCUACGGAAAGGCUUCCGGGACUCACGAUGGUGACGCGAAUUAGAGGACUUCUUACAGCCAUCAAAGAAGAAUUGCACGAGGUGCCGCUUUAUUACCAUUUGCCCACGAUGUGCAAUCGGGUGAAGCUGGAGAUGAUCAGGCCCUCGCAAUUCAAAGCUGCUCUUGUCCGGCUCGGGUACAAGGUGUCUCACUUUCACCGAGAGCCUCAAGCAAUUAAGACGGAUGCUCCACCGGUCGUGGUCUUUGACAUCCUCCGGACACACGCCCAAAAGCACCCGCCGAAGGAACCGGAAAAAUUCCCUCUUCUUCAGAAGGAGAUCAGCACAAAGGCAAUUGAUCUGACGCCGAUGGCAUCUAUGACUAGCCAGUCUCCCAACGUCCCAAAGUGGCUUCCCAAUCCGACACCGUACUGGGGCCCGAAGAGUCGUGCGGGUUCGCACGCACGGCAAAACGGAUCGAGCUGCACUCCGUGUACGCAGAAACGGCCGAGGGUUGACGAAACCUGCGAUGCCGAAAACCCCUUGGUGUGA